AUGGAUCCACGUCCUCGCCAGAAGACAGUCCUCGUAACAGGAUGUUCGCCGGGCGGUAUCGGCCAUGCGCUGUGUCAGACGUUCCGAAAGCAAGGACUCCAUGUCAUCGCGACAGCUCGCAAAGAAGAUGUCAUUCACGAACUAGUUGCCGAGGGCUUUGACGCGCUGCAGUUGGAUGUGACAAGCGAGGAGAGCAUAGUUGCCUGCCACAAGCAAGUCCAAGGUAUAACCGGAGGCAAGUUGGAUAUCCUAGUCAACAACGCUGGACGGAUUCACAUCUCCCCCGCCACCGAUCUAUCCAUCCCAGACGUCCGCGCGACCUUCGAGACAAACGUCUUUGGCGUGAUGGCAAUGGUCAAAGCCUUCGCGGACCACCUCAUCGCGGCCCAAGGCCUCAUCAUCAACGUCUCCUCCUGCGCCGCCGUGACGCCGUACAUGUUUGCAUCGGUCUACUGCGCCAGCAAAGGCGCCAUCGCGAGCUACAGCCGCACGCUGCGACAGGAGCUGCGGCCGUUUGGGGUCCGCGUCAUGGUUGUUGUGGCGGGCACCGUCAAGUCGAGAAUCGCGGACAAGCCGCAGCCCAGUCUUGCGCUGGAGUCGCUUUACGCGAGGAUGGGCGGUUUGUAUGAGCGAUACGUACACCUGAGUCAGGAGGAGGGGGCAACGGAUACGGAGGUUUUCGCAGAGGAUGUGGUCGGUAAUGCUUUGAGGCCUGAGAGCUGGUUUCUGGGGCGGCCGGACUGGUUGUGGUGCGGUGGUAUGUCGAGGAAGAUAUGGUGGGCGUUACAACUUUUUGGGGAAUGGGUGAUUGAUUGGCAGACUUGGAAGAUGUUUGGACUGGAGAAAUUGCAGAGGAUAGUCCAGGAUGAGAGAUUCGCGAAUGGUCCAAAGCGCGACUGA